GUAUAGUGUAGGAAAAGCGGAAGGAAGAUGGCGGCGCUGGCUUCGGAGUUGCUGCUUUUGAGCGAUUCAAGCCGCUUCCGGGCAGAUAACCUGCUGAGCAGCGAGGACUGGGAUGCAGGUCUUUACAGCUGUUUGGAUAAUGAUGGAGAUGUGGCAGCUGAACUUUUCCCUUGUCUUGAACACAGCAUUAUGGACCAUAAUGGUACCCGUUCUGCGUUUGGUGAUGGGUUUGAUCUGGACAUGGAAACUAUGCCUCCAGACCCACCUUGGGAUCCUUUGCAAGAAUCUCUGUUCCCAGAGUUGCAAGUAAAAUCUGAGCCAGUCUCCCCUGCUUCGUCUCACUGCUCCGAUUCAUCGUUGGCCUCCUCCGAUUCUUCUGCGGCAGGCUCCUCUUCCGCCGAACUCUCAGAGCAGGUUGCUGGACCAGAUGAUGUGAUUGGAGUGAAGACAGAGCAUCCUCCCACCCCUCCGUGCAUGUUUGGAGACGUCCUUUUACCUCCCUUUGGAACGGUACACAUAAAUGUAGUCCCAGCUUCUGAGACAGGAAAACCAGCAGCUCCCAAUAAAACAGAGAGCAUUCUGAGCCGGAAACCCCCCAUUCAACCAAAGCCCGUGGUGGUAACCACUGUCCCAGGACAGCCAGCAACCUCUUCCAGUAAGACCAUCUUGUUACAGCCAGUACCUGUAACCCAGUCACAGACUGUCAACUCUGGAAUCUCAGUUCCAGCACAGAGUGUUGUGAUUUCCCAAUCUGAGCUACUGCAUCUCCCAGUGUCUGGUUUGAUCAAGGUUCAGUCUCCAGUGAAGGAGGUUCUCUCACCUAAACCAGCACCCUCAAUCCCCAAGCCAGAAGCUAAAACUAUCAUCCCUGCACCAGCACAGAUAGGACCCUGCAACCAAGAGAUUGAUAUCAAGGUCCUGAAAAGGCAGCAGCGGAUGAUAAAGAACCGUGAAUCGGCUUGUCAGUCGCGCCGAAAAAAGAAGGAAUACCUCCAAGGAUUGGAAUCCCGGCUGCGAGAGGCCUUAGCGGAGAACGAGCGGCUGCGGCGGGAAAAUGCUAUCCUUCGGCGCCGGCUAGAUGGUGUCUUGGACGAGAACAGCGAUCUGAAGUUUGGCUCCGGGAACCGAAAAGUUAUCUGUGUCAUGGUUGUGCUGCUCUUCAUAGCCUUCAAUUUUGGGCCUGUCAG